UGGUGGACGCCCUCUUGGUCUUUCAUCUGCCACUACCACCGCUCCGACUGCAGAAACGCCGAUAUACAAUAGCAGAGCGCCGGGGCGGGGGAGGAAAGGGGUUGGCUUCAGAAAGUAAAACAACGAGCAGGUUUUCCCCGAAAACUUUAAGCGCUUUCGGCAAUCGGCAUGGAUCCAGCAGGGAUCCGUGAGGGGGUUUUAAUUAUCGUCAAAUCGCAGAGAUAAAGAGCAAGGCUGCGGCCGCCGUGUAAAACAAAUUAGCCUGCAUUUUUUUCUGGAAGACAGGAUGUCGCAAGGUGACCGGUGAGGAGAGGAACAUCCAGACUCGAUCUCCAGAGACUGUGUUAAGAGAGAUUUCCCCGCCAGAGCUCCGUUGUGACCCUGCGACCAUGUCGAUCAUGGACCAUAGCCCCACCACGGGAGUGGUGACGGUCAUCGUCAUCCUCAUCGCCGUAGCUGCCCUGGGUGCCCUGAUCCUUGGCUGUUGGUGCUACCUGCGUCUGCAGCGUAUCGGGCAACCAGAAGAUGAGGAGAGCAUCGUUGGCGAAGGUGAGACAAAGGAGCCCUUCCUGCUGGUUCAGUAUUCUGCCAAAGGACCACGAGUCGAGCACAAGACCAAGCUCACCCCCAACGGCACCGAGAAUCUCAGCUAAAGGGGCCCUCGAUCUCUCAUAGUUACACAUUCAACUGCAAUGUAAACCAGGACUGCUACAUUCCAUCUCACACGAUACUGGCAAUAUUCAUUUUUUUUACAACUUUUUAGUUCAUGAAUUACUGAAGAGCAAAGCUUUGGUUCCAUGUAAAGUUCAUGAAUGUUGUCGACAGAAGGAGUGCAGGCACUGAACAAAACUAUUUUUGUUGUUGUCAUUUUCUGAGCCUCUGCUUUUAAAAAGAAACGGACGUUCUUUAUUCACCUGAGCCUACCCAAAAUGUGAAGUUGUGAAUACUCUCGUACACGUAAUCUUAUUUAUUCUGCACUUUGUACAGAAUUAAACGUCAAGGGAAUGUUAUAGGAACUUGGAGGGUUUGAUUACUUACUUAUCGUUAUAAAUAAUAAACGUAUAUUUCGGAGAUGAUGGGUUUCAUAGUUCUGAGGUUUGAUUUAAAUGCCUAUGAGAUGGUGUGAUUGGCCAGGGAGGUUUUAAAUACGCACAAAAAACAAUGAUGCCGGGAAGCCACUGGAAACAUUGGAACAUAUGAAGGAUUUUUUCCCAGUGUACUUUGAUAGAGCACUGCGGAAAGCAUCCUGAGAGUUCGUGUUUACCGUUACUGUGGCUGAGCGAAAGUGUUAAAGUGUUAAAAAAAACUCUGGUUUUAUAGGCCUGAUAUUUUGAUUAUAUUGUAAAGGAAGUGACAUGGAACUUCAUUUGUCUUGUAUAGUUCAUAUCUGUGUGUUUUUGCUAUGGAUCUCCUUGAAUUACGUAUUUAUUACUUUUCUCAUUGCCAUUUGUAAGUCGAAGAGAAAUUCCGAUUAAGUAAAUGACUUUAUUUUUGUAUGCUGUUCUGGGUGAUUUGCCAGUGGAUUACAGUCUGAGAAGGAGUUUAUUUUCGGACAUGCAGAAGGUGUGGGG